AUGGCAGGCAUACCAGCAACAGUGACUCACACCACCUUCACGAAGUCAUUAUCCCCAGGCCUGGACUCUUUGAUUAUCGUGGCAUCCCCUCGGGCACUGUUUCAGCCUCUGGGCCUUCUCCGGCUGCUGCAGUUAUGCUCUACCAGCCUGGCUUUCUCACCAGUGAUCUAUACGGGUGCCUGGAUGGGCCCCAUGGGAAGAUGGUGCCUGUUCUCCUGGUGCUUCAGCUUCGCCAUGACAGUGAUCAUCCUGGCCGUGGAGUUGGCUGGAUUCCAGAGGCGCUUGCCCCUGUCAUGGCAGAAUUUCCCCAUCACCUGUGCCUGCUAUUCACUACUCUUCUGUCUGUCAUCUUCCAUUAUCUAUCCUAUCACCUAUGUGUGGUUCAUGUCUCACGAUUACAUCAGAAAAUACGCUGUCUGCGCCAUUAUAUUCUCGAGCAUCUCCUGUGUGGCUUAUGCUACAGAAGUAACCUGGACUCAUUCAAGGCCUGGAGAUUCCAUUGGCUACAUGGCCUCUAUGACUGGGAUGUUCAAGGUUUUUGAGUCCUUCGUAGCUUGCAUCAUCUUUCUCUUCCUCAACAACCAACACCUGCACAUGCAGGAACCUGCCCUGGAGUGGUGUCUGGCCGUGUAUAUCAUAUGCUUCAUCCUAACCAUGGUGUCUAUCCUGCUCAUCCUGGGGAAAAGUACGAAAGUCCUGCCCAUCCCAUUCCCCACCUUCUUGACAGGCAUGACUUUCGUGUGUGUCCUCUUGUACAUCACCGUCAUUAUCCUCUGGCCUCUUUACAAUUUCAAUGAAGGGUUUCAUGGUUUGCCCAAUCGAAUAAUGGAUUCGAGCUGCAGUUAUAAACGUGCGCACUCAGUGUGUGUCUGGGACCGCCAACUGGCAGUGGCGUUCUUGACUGGAGUCAACCUGUUGGCAUAUAUAGCAGACUUUAUGAACUCUAGUUAG